AUGUCCUCGCCGUGGUGGUCUUCCCGCGUCAUUCGGCUGUUCGCGGUGAAGCGGUGCGCGCGGUGCCAGGCGGGCAUCUCGGCCAGCGAGCUGGUGAUGCGCGCCCGCGACCUCGUCUACCACGUGCACUGCUUCACGUGCGCGUCGUGCGGCGUGCCGCUCGCCAAGGGCGACCACUUCGGCAUGCGCGACGAGCUCGUCUACUGCCGGCCGCACUACGAGCUGCUCUACAGCCAGGACGCGGCCGGCGCGCCCUACUGCGACCUCGAGGCCGCCUUCCGGGCCGGCGCCGGCGCCGCCCCCUGCGGGAAGGGCCGCCCGCGCAAGAGGAAGCUGCCCUCCGCCGUCGAGCCGCAGGACAUGCCCGUGGGCCUGCGCAUCCCCGCCGCCGCGCUCGAGAUGCUGCACCCCUCGGAGCUGUCCUCGUCCAUGGAGUCCCUGGGGUACGACUCGUCGGUGACGUCACCGGGGAACCCGGCCGGCCAACAGCAGCAGCAGCAGCGCACCAAGCGCAUGCGCACCUCGUUCAAGCACCACCAGCUGCGCACCAUGAAGUCCUACUUCGCCAUCAACCAGAACCCGGACGCCAAAGAUCUUAAGCAGCUCGCGCAGAAGACGGGGCUGUCGAAGCGAGUCCUCCAGGUGUGGUUCCAGAACGCGCGCGCCAAGUGGCGGAGGAACCUGAUGCGGCAGGAGGGCGGCGGACAGGGC